UUUCCGGUGAAUCUACUUUUCAUUUAGAAAAACGCCAACAUGCCGCAAGAAAAUUUAGAAGAAGAAGGAUUACCUAAAAAUCCAGACCUUCAACUUGCUCAAUCAGUAUUUCUAUUGAGUACCAAAAAAUAUAAAAAUGACGCGUCAAUCGCCAAAAAAAUUAUGGAUAAAGUUAAAGAAGACAAUAUGGCACCAUUUUAUGAAACCGUUUGUAUUGCUCAGCUUGGUUUCAAACUUGAUGAAAAUCUUUUGAAGAAGAUGAAAGAAACAAAUGAAAAAGAUUUGAAAGCUAUAGAUGUAAAAAUUGAGGAUGCUGAGAAAAAUCUUGGUGAAACAGAAGUUCGGGAUUUUAUGUUGGAAAAAGCUGAAUAUCUAAGCAGAAUUGGAGACAAGGAAGGAGCUCUGACUCAAUUCCAGAAGACAAGUGAUAAGACUGUAACACUUGGAUAUCGUUUAGAUUUGGUGUUUCAUCUCAUCAGAAUUGGUCUCUUUUAUAUGGAUCAUGAACUGAUCACUCGGUAUCUAGAAAAGGCACAGACAUUAAUUGAUGAAGGUGGUGAUUGGGAUCGACGUAAUCGUUUAAAAGUCUACCGUGGGGUCUACUGUAUGUCAAUACGAGACUUUAAAAAGGCUGCUUCCCUUUUCUUGGAUACUGUGGCAACCUUUACUUCAUAUGAACUCAUGGAUUAUCAAACUUUUGUCACCUAUACUGUAUUCUGUUGUACUAUUGCACUUGAACGACCUAAACUCAGGGAACAGGUUAUCAAAGGAUCUGAAAUUUUAGAAGUUUUACACAGCUUACCCAAUGUCAAGUCCUUUUUAUUUUCAUUGUAUGACUGCCAGUAUGCUUCUUUCUUUAGGAUUCUUGCUUGGGUAGAAGAGACAAUGCAAUAUGAUCGAUUGCUGUCUCCACAUUAUCGCUAUUAUAUUCGAGAAAUGAGGAUUGUUGCUUACUCUCAACUCCUUGAGUCUUACCGCAGCUUGACUCUUGCUUACAUGGCUGAGACAUUUGGUGUCACUGUUGAGUUUAUAGAUCAGGAACUCUCUCGAUUUAUUGCUGCUGGUCGACUUCAUUGCAAAAUUGACAAGGUUGGAGGAAUUGUAGAAACUAACAGGCCUGAUAGUAAAAAUUGGCAGUAUCAGGCUACAAUCAGGCAAGGAGAUAUUCUUUUAAAUAGAGUCCAGAAACUGAGCCGUGUUAUCAACAUAUGAGAAUAGAAGAACCAGAGUUUUCCAAUAGUCAGUUUGCUUCAGUUCUUACUUUCAUAGGAUGAUGUACAUAUAAUGCAGUGACUGUAUGAAAGAGAUAUUUACAUUAAGAAUAAUUUAAGAAAUCCAGCUUAAAUUAUUUCUAGCCAUAUCAUGAAAAGAUGUGAUGGAUCCCACUGGAAAGAAUUCUUUUGCCCACUCUCUCUUUGAAAUACCAUAAACUAUUACCAUUCUGAUUAACUGCUUCACCAUUUUAACAUGACUGAUCAAUUAUUUUCCGUAACCAUAAGAUAAAUUUGAACACUUCAAGUUUUUGUCAGUCCUGCUAUAGAUUAAGAGCUUGAGUAUUUGUGGAUACUGUUAGCAGUUUUGGUACUGCAACCAGAACUAAAACAAUGGAUUGGUUAACUUUGUUUUUUUUCUUUUUUCUUUUUUGCUGGGAUUCAUUUACAUCUAUUGCAGUCAUUUAUACCUUCUGUAAUCAUUUUCAUGUCUAUCAAUUAACUUCUUGACUGAUAAUUGACUGUUAUUAGAACCAUUUUACUAAUUAAAUAAAAAUGACUCAAUUAUUUACUCUUUUCA